AUGUCGACGCUGAGCUACUACGCGGACGCCGGCGUCGUCCCUGAGCUGCAGGAGGAUGUGCCGGCGCGGUUCCCAUCAGCUGCAGGGGUGGAGCAGGCGAUGCUCGCCGAAUAUGGCGGACAGGAAGCGUGCCCUUUGCAGAAAUCAUCUAUUUUUGGCGCGUCUUGGGGUCCCAUCGCGGCGCACCCGCCCAAUACGGCCGCCCCGACUUACAUCCAUCACCACUACAGCGGCAGCGGGGACGCCGAUGGUAUGUUUGCGCGCUCCUGGGCCCUGGAGCCCGUGUCCGCACCUUUGUGCCUGACUGGACUAGCGUCGACGGCCGCCAUGCAUUACGAGAUCAAACCCGAGCCCCUCAUUGGGAGUGGCGAGUGCACAACUUUGGAGACGCACACCCCUCUUUUGUCUGACGCGGACAGCGCCGCGGCCCUGGCGGAGGUUCCCUGCGAGAGCACGUCCACGUCCAAGCCGAUCGUGGAAAGCCCCUCAGUUGGGGACCGGAGGGAGAUAGACGCCAACAACCCGUCGUCCAACUGGCUCCACGCGAAGCCCACCAGAAAGAAGCGCUGCCCCUACACAAAGCACCAAAUCCUGGAACUAGAGAAAGAGUUUCUGUACAACAUGUACCUUCCGCGGGAUCGCAGAUACGAGGUGGCCAGAUUGCUCAAUCUGACCGAGAGACAAGUGAAAAUCUGGUUCCAGAACCGUAGGAUGAAGAUGAAGAAAGACAACAAAGACCGACGAAGAGACAGUUAAGUGCCAUAAUAUAGCCUAAUACUGAUACGAGCUGUGAGAGGGGGGGGGGGGGGGGGUGUCGUUAUUAUUCUAAACUGUUACACACGUUGUUGUCUAUAGUUUUGUGUUGUUAAAUAAUGUUGGAUGUUUAUUUCGUCUAUCUCAUGUGUGUUUGGUAAAGUGAACUAGACGAUUUGUUGUGUUUUUUUUAAAUGCAUGAAAAAAAAAAUUCCUCGACUACCUGAAUGUUUUUCAGCUACCUAUUUGCAAUGUUUACAUUAAUUAUCAUUUUUUAGAUGCUCUUUAGGUGUCCUCUUAUUGUGAAAGCAAAAUGCACAUUCGAAAUGAAUCGUCGUAGGUCCUUUUUUUAACAGUAUGUAGGAAAAUGUAAUUAUUUUCUAUGAUUUUUAUUAUUACGCUUAAUGUAAUGCAUUUUUAGAAAAUGUACGAUAGUCAACCAAAACUGACCGCUCUUACAAUGUAUUGUUCUGUUCGCCCAAAGACGUAUUUUAAUUAUUUCUAUAAAUAAUUACGUGACUGAACUGAAAAAUAAUGUAUUAAAAGGAAUCAAAAAACAAA